AAGUCGGGUCUUUUCUGCUGCGAACCUCCGUCAAGUGAGGUGUGUUAGUGUGCGUCUCCGUUGGAACCGGACGCGCGAACAGUACGGCGGCUGGUCACAUUUUAUUGCUCAACUCAGAAGCGACACUACCUAGAUAUUAACAGUCUGCAUUUAACAUGAUUUGGAAUGGGAAUAGUAAGGCAGAAACUUAAAAAGUCUUCACUUGAUCUAUUAUCAAGUGGCUCAGUAUAAUUGUCAUCAAAAGUCUGUGAGAAAUGGAUUUGUGUGCGCAAAAUCAGAGGCAGCCAGAAACCUGAAUUCCUUCAACACGCUGCGACUCGUGCAUUCUACAGAUCACUUAACCGCGCGUGCAUCAGACUUCUUUCCAGUGGGAGCCCUCGGGUCAGCAUUUCCUGUAAGUAACAAUACCUUUAUACGCUGUUAAAAAAAUUGGGGCAUCGACGAGUAAAAGAUGUCAGAUUGUCGCGAAGGACAGCCCGUUGUUGUGGGU